AGUGGUUUGCAGCUGCAGCCCUGCGGGCAGGCGGUCCACUGUCGGCCACACGGGUUCGUCCUGGGCACGGAGUUGGGCAGUGGGCAGGCAAAGCCCCUGGGGGCUCUGACCGGACACCCCUCGCCAUCGCCACAUCUCCUGAUGCUCUCCCGGCCAGCCAUGUUGCUGGGCGGCCUCCUCCUCACGGUGGCCACCAUGACUGCAGCCCAGCGGAGGGGGCAGGAGGCGGGCGGGCGCCGCCGGGCGCACCGAGUCCAGCAUGGCCAGUGCAGCUACACCUUCGUGCUGCCCGAGCCUGAGCCCUGCCCGCCGGAGCCUGAGGCCUUCGGGGGCUCCAACAGCCUCCAGAGGGACUCGCCGGCCGCUGCACUGAGCCUGGGGGACUGGCCGGCCCAGCGGGUGCGACAGCUGGAGAAGGUGCUGGAGAACAACACACAGUGGCUGCAGAAGCUAGAAAGGUACAUCCAGAUGAACUUGAGGUCGGAGCUGGCGCAGGCCCAGCAGCACAUGGUCCAGAACCAGACGGCCACCAUGCUGGAGCUGGGCACCAGCCUCCUGAACCAGACCACCGCCCAGACCCGCAAGCUGACCGACGUGGAGGCUCAGGUCCUGAACCAGACAUCGCGCAUGGAGAUCCAGCUGCUGGAGACCUCGCUGUCCACUAACAAGCUGGAGAAGCAGCUGCUGCUGCAGGGCCGUGAGCUCCACCGGCUGCAGGGCCAAAACAGCGCGCUGGAGACGCGGGUGCAGGCCCUGGAGACGCAGCAGCAGGCGGAGCUGGCCAGCCUCCGCGGCGAGAAGGAGCGGCUGCGGCGCCUGCUGGGCCGCCAGAACGGCGCCCUCGCCGGCCUCGAGCGCAGCCUGCGCGCCGCCAGCAGCAACUCGAGUCUCCUGCAGCGCCAGCAGCACCAGCUGCUGGAGUCGGUGCAGCGCCUGGUGCGCGUCGUGGGCCAGGGCCCGGCCUCCAUGAGGGCAGCCGAGCAGGUGUUCCAGGACUGUGCAGAGAUCCAGCGCUUCGGGGCCAAUGCCAGUGGCAUCUACACCAUCCAUGUGGCCAAUGUGACGGGGCCCAGGAAGGUGUUCUGUGACAUGGAGGCCAAUGGGGGUGGGUGGACCCUCAUCCAGCGCCGUGAGAAUGGCAGCGUGAAUUUCCAGCGGAACUGGAAGGAUUACAAACAGGGCUUUGGUGACCCAGCCGGGGAGCACUGGCUGGGGAAUGAAGUGGUGCACCAGCUCACCAGCAGGGCAGCCUACUCUCUGCGCGUGGAGCUGCAAGACUGGGAGGGCAACGAAGCCUACGCGCAGUAUGAGCAUUUCCAGCUGGGCAGCGAGGGGCAGCUGUACAGGCUUUCUCUGAGCGGGUACAGCGGCUCAGCAGGGCGCCAGAGCAGCCUGGUCCUGCAAGGCACCAACUUCAGCACUCGUGACGCAGACAACGACAACUGUCUCUGCAAGUGCGCCCAGAUGCUGUCUGGAGGGUGGUGGUUUGACGCCUGCGGCCUCUCCAACCUCAAUGGCAUCUACUACCCGGCCCACCACCACGUGCGCAAGCUCAACGGCGUCCGCUGGCACUACUUCCAGGGCCCCAGCUACUCACUGCGCGCCACUCGCAUGAUGGUGCGUCCCGCGGGCAUCUGACGGGCAACCGCGCCUGGAGGCUUGACCACAGGCAGAGCUGGGGCUCGGAACCGCCCAGACGAGCUGGACAAACACAGGACACGAGGCCAGGGCUUGUCCGGGACCCCCUGGGUCUCCUGAGCCAGCCCUCCUCGCCCCAGGAGUCCAGAGGAGUCAGCCACCUCCCUGUGCCCCUCAUUGUGAAAUGGCAGGUGCUGGGGGAUCCUGCCUCUGCGGUGUGCCUCUCUCCUCUUCCCUCCCGUCUCCUGCCUGCUGAGGCUCACAGUACCCUGCAUGAGCUGAGAACAGACUUAACUUGGCUCCUCAAAGGAACACAUGACUAAUGGUGGAAUUUCAGGAGGUGGGAAGGUAUUUACAGGCAGGAGACUGCAGAGCUGGAGGCCCAGAGUCUGUCCCUGGGGUUAGUAGGAAGGUCAUCUAUUCCAAGCUUUCUCAGCCUUGUGACGUCCUUGAACUUCUGUUCACGGCUGAAAGGGCAGCGUCCACCCCAGAAUGGGCAUCACUAUUUCCCCCCACACUGUCCACCCCUCUGCGGCCCCAGCAUCUGGAGCUCAGAUCUGGUCUCUCAGGGGCUUCAGGAGAUCUAAGAGGGAUUCCUUUACCCCUAGCGUGUCCUCGAAUGUGUUCCAGAAAGAAGAACUCAGGCUCCCCUCUAGAAGUACCUAUGAUCAAGUGAGAGAGGGAAACACCAGGUUAAAUCAAUGUGAACAGGCCGUCUUGGCUGCAGGACUUGUCAGAGCCUUUAAUGUGGUCAUGUGCCUUGUGACCGCCCGGGAAGGAGCUAGAGUGGGCAGCUUUCUCCAAAUAUACUUAUUUGAAAAUGGGCCCUGUUCAUCCCAGAGCAUCUCUCAGGGCUGUGGAUGCCCUUGGAAAAGCUGGUCCUCGCACGUCCUGAAGAGGAGGUCCAGGGCCCCCUCCCCUACCCCCAUCUGCACUCACCCUUUCUGGCUACAAUGAAGGUCUCAAACAGCCUCUAAAAACAGCUUGAAGGAAGCUUUGGGUUAAAGCAGACACACACCAUCCCUGAAGAAGGGUCUAGGACUAAGUUCCCUGUCUGUGCUGUGGGCUGGUGUCCUCCCGGACUCCUUCUGGCCCUAGGAAGCCGGAUCUCUGCUUGGGGCUGCCCCUCAGCUCUCCCUGUAACCCUGGCUCACCCUGGCUCAAGUUCAGGCACUGUUGGGGACUGUCCACUCUGCCUUGUGCAGAACACCACUCUCCAGUCUAGAUCUUUCCCCUCCAAGCUGGAACCCCAGCCCCUCCUCCAGCCUC